AUUCCUUUUCAAUUUCUUUUUUAUCCAACGUAAUUGAACAAAUCCGUCAAACUUGCUUCUUCAAAACCUUCCUUGGUUUUCCAACGACCGCCCCAGCCUCCCCCGAAGCCCACACCAGCCUCUCAUAAAACGGCCUGUUCCUCAUCCCUGAUUGGAUCCCGAGUUGCCGUGGGAUACAGGGUUGCAGUAUCGGAAGACGCCCCCCGGCUGCCAGCACUUUAAACGUCUCUGUUCUGGUUCCUGGUUCGCUCGUCGACGGGCUAUAACUUACAGAUCCUGGAGUCUUAUCUGACGAGAAAAUCGUAAUCGAGAGGAAUCAGAAAGUCUUGGUCAGAGGUGGCUUGACUGCCCGUGAAAUAGAGUGGCAGGGUUGCGAGGAAGCCCACACGCGACUCAGGCAGAGAGGAUACAUAGAAGCAGCAACACCGUCUCGAUUUCGAAACGUUCAGGGUCUUCCCUAGUUCAUAUUCUCUAUUUUCAACAGUUUGGAGACUGUACUUUACGCCGGCCAGCCACUUUUUAACUGUACAAUUCACUCCACUUGGCUCAAAGUCAGGCCAAGUCUUGGAUAAGUUGACGAGGCACAGACUGAGUGUCACAGGCCCCCCCUUCUACUCAAGGGCUUUUGGUUUCUUCCUCCUUUGAUCUUUUCUAACCCCUUUGUUACAUCAUUAGUUUGGUUACUCAUCGUAUCAUUUUUGCAUCCUUUGUACUUUUUGCCCGUGCGCUGAGUUUCCUCUCUUCCGUUCAAAGGGUGUCCUCUUUCUAGAGUCUCUCUCUUCUCUUAAUAUCUACGACUUCACCAAAAGAAAACCCGCCCACAAUCUUAAUUACACUACAGAUUUAACCGAUCGACUAUACCAUGUUUGCUUGAGAUUAGAUUCACGAGAUCGCAAAUCAUGACCCCGGCCCUUCUAAUGGCGCGUCUACCGCCGUUUCUCGUCAUCUCUGGCGUUCUCAAUCUCGCUACCGGCCACGUUCUGCCACAACCGACAAAGACGGUUGACUUUUAUGAACUCAAUGUUCUGCCGUAUCCUCUCGCCGCGACGCCUGCGCCCGACGACUCAUUAUUGCUGCGAAGGCAAUUCAACACUGUUUGUGGUUACCUAGGGGGGGAUCCUGGACUACCAGCAACUUGUUCUGCAGGAUCGCAUUGUGUGGUAGAUGUCGAUCAUGGCGCUGUGGGCUGUUGUCCCGAUGGCGGAUCUUGUACAUCGGGUGUAUUCACAGGCUGUGUGGAUGCAGAGAGUGGACCACAAACAGAGGUGAAUCCAUAUGUGUUCACCUGCAGAGGGAGCGAUUCGUGCUACAGAAAUAGCUAUGAAGGCGGCUUCUUUCAAUUUGGAUGUGGUUCAACAUCUGGUUUGGCGACAAAAGUUGUGGCUACAGCUUCAGGAAAGAGUGCGAUUGACCUCACAAGCAUAAAUGUUCCUCUUACACAGCCAGUGAGUUCACUAUCUGAACCCACAACACUAGGAACAAGGAGAAGGACAACAACGACGGAUACUUCCGCCACAAAAUCAUCAGCGACAAGGAGCGCAUCUACAAAAUCUACUGAAACCUCCUCAGGUUCAACAACAGAGUCAACAGCUUCAACAACAAAUUCAGAAACUUCCUCAACAGAGUCGGAAACCUCAACAGCGUCGGAGACCGAAUCCGACACCACCACAGAAACCACAGCUUCAGAGACAGCAGACCCAUCGUCCACGGAAUCUGGCGACUCUGAUGCCCCUGACACCGACGGCAAUGACAAUGGCUCCAAGAAUACGGGCGCCAUCAUCGGCGGUACCAUCAGCGGCGUAGCAGCGCUCGCAGCUCUCAUAGUUCUCGGCAUUUGGCUCUGGAAGCGCAAGAAGGGAAAUACGCGCCAGGGGCCAGGCGUGAAACACCAGGUGCAGCACAUCGGUCCGCCGUUAGACAAUAAUCAUAAUUUUGCUCCGGUGCCCCUUAUGCAUGAGACCGACAAAAUGGCACCGCCCCCACCAGUUCCAGUGAGGAACCAGCAGCGCACUAUGAACUCGGCUGCUGGCCAUGAUGAGCCGUAUUCCGAACCAUGGGAUCCUUCCUCUAAUUAUGGUUAUGGUAAUUCAGCGGGUGCUGUGGGUGGAUCUUCGCACAUGGAGCAUGAUGAGGUGCCUUUGACGCGUGACGACGACUUCGACCAUAGUUAUAACUCUGGCUUGGGACGAAUCAGCGAGGAACAGCCACGACCUGGAACAGCGAUCAGUACACCUGGCCAAAUGAGCCAAGUAUAUCCUGGACCCCGCGGCGGCGGUGGAGGGCCGUUGUGGCAGCAGAAUCGUGGGCCUGGGUGGUUCUAAUUGUAUAUGAAUCUGAUGAAAAGGGGAGACGGCACAUAGACAGGUGGCGGAUGGCACCACGGCUCGAGAAUUGCUUUGGCGUUUGCUUUUGGGUUAGCAUAUGGAGUUGAUAUCCGGAGUUGCAUUACUAUAAAGGAGGAGUUGUAAUGAGCGGUUCCCAACAGUGCUGGAAUAGAUGAGCUUGAGCUUGGAUUAAUCAUGAGAUAUGAUGGCCACACGGUCAUAGGUAUGGGUUUUUGGUAGAUAGCUAUGAUAAAGAAACUAAGCAGUAUUGACUAAAAAGUCUUUUUAUUCAUCUUCGUUUAUCAUUCCAUUAUUUUAUGUUUCUUUAUAUCAAAUGGGAAUCAAAGUAAGACGCUGAACGGAAGCCAAUACUUACUCGUCUUGAACCUGUGCUUAACAGUGGAUUCCUCUAAGUGUCAUCUAACCAAUUUGCAUGAUCAUGGUUCAGCCUACCUACCAUGUUUCAAAUCAGGUCAACCUCCUAUAGUCCAGAUCUUGACACUAGACUCGUCAAACACUGUCUUCGUUCCCGAUGAGUCUCUAAAGCCCCAUCCUCCCGAGCACGUUGCGACUACAGAGCCGCUUGAAUGUAGAGCAGUGCUUCCUACCGGCGCAUCAUGGGGCUUCCAUGUCCAUGAUGGAUCUACAACGCCAGCUUGAGAGCCAACGCCUUCCCACACCGCAACACCACCAUCUUGUGUCCCUGCCCAGACCUCGAAGGAUGGGAACUCAGCAUAGGGAUCACCAGCAAAGACAUCCACCGUCAUCUUCUGUUGUGUGGGUGCACAUCGACCUCGAAGAGUGCAGAGGAGUUCGCCUGUUCCGCGGACGUCAUACACAAUCAGACCAGAAGCAUGUCGCUCGUUGAGGAUUAGGUAACGACCGCAUGGACUCCAGCGGACUUGAACAAUUCCCUGGCCUCCUAUUCCUCCGUCUAUGUCUUCAGAGCGAGGGAGAGACCAAUUUGCAAUAACCUUGUCUGAGCGGUGCACAUCAUACAAUCCCAUCCACCGUGUCCAUGUCCCUGCAGCAAUAAUAGAGCUCCCGUUACCAUCCACAGGCGAGGAAGCGAGAGCAGCGACAGUGCCCUUCAUACCAACUCCAUUUCCCUUCCGUAUAUGACGUCUAGAAGGGAUGGUGGGUAUAGUAAGUAUCGGGCCAUCUGAUCCUGGUCGAGUCAUGUCAAAGUAAUCAAGCCGGUUCGUUGAGCCGACGAGGAAAUGCGUCCCGGGUGCAUCCCAGAGGAUAGACGAUGGCGUGAUAUACUCUUCUGUUUCAAAACGUAUUAAUUUAUACGAAGCAAGUGGGGCAGAACGCGACGCGAGGCCAUCAUCAUCUGGAGGGAAGAGAUGGUAGAGCUGAAUAGGGUGAUCGCGACAUCCUACAAGAACGGUCUGUGAGGAUGGCUCAGCUAAAGAGUAGAAGGGCGCUGGGAUGAUCGUUUGAGAAGGCUCAGGGAGCGAUAUUGAGGAUUGACACUCGAGAUGUCGCGGGCGUGAGGCUGAUGGGUCGAGGAGAUCUUCAGGGAGGACAAAGGUGGAUAUUGAAUUGAUGGCAGACGAUACGAUGAGUGAUGUUCCAUCGGCAGUCCAUUGUGCAGAUGUGUAGUAAUUUUGUUUGGUGGUGGAAAGGUUCUGGUUGUUUAUGUCAUUAUCAGGCUGAAUGAUUUGAUUUUCAGCGAUGAGGUUUAAUGAUGGUGCUUUCUGCUGCCGGUCACGGUCCCUGUCCUGGUCCUGCAGAUCAUUCGGCUGUAACUCUGAAUGUGAGGGCGCUGAUUCAAUUGCCGAUUCAGGACCAUCCGUGUUCAUGGUGUAAGUUGAGUUGAAAGUUGCGAGAUGGUGAUGGACGAGAAAAUGAGGUACAUGAGUGGAUACCUCGCUUUGUUUGACUGUCACUUACACGCUUAUCAUGAUCCUAGCCAAUCUCUAAUCUCGAGAUAUGUAAUAUUCAAGGGUCUUUUUCAGUUAGACAAUUCAAGGGUCCUGUGACAUUCUUUCUAUUGAAACAGAUUCUGAAGGACCUCUCACUG